UCUAAAUACAAACAAACGAACAAACAAACAAAAAAUGGCUUUAACUUUUGUUGUCACCGGUGCAUCUCGAGGACUUGGCGUUGAGUUCGUCAAGCAACUUUCUGCCAAGGGCCAUACUGUCAUUGCAUGUGCUCGCAACCCUGACAAAUCUGAACAGCUCCAAGCUUUGGUGAACAAUAAGACCGUGUUUGCUGUCAGCUUGGAUACUGUGAAACUAGACUCCGUCAAGGCAGCAGCCGAUAAAAUUCAAGAAUUGGCCCCGAGUGGCGUGGAUGUAUUGAUUAAUAACUCUGGUAUUGUAGGCGACCAUACUCAGGACGUAACAAAUGCCACGGGAGAAAAUUACAUCAAUGUCUUUGAAACCAACGUGGUUGGUACGUCGAAUGUCACCCAAGCACUUUUGCCAUGGCUCCGUAAGCGCAACACGCGCAAAAUUGUGAAUAUUACUUCCAUCCUUGGCUCUAACGAUUUUACUACCACCGGUAGUUCUCCAGCCUAUCGUAUAUCCAAAGCGGCCGAGAACAUGCUAAGCAGAGGUUGGGCUGGUCAACUUGGCGAAGAAUCGUUUGUGGUUUUGGCCAUGCAUCCCGGAUGGGUCCAGACAGACAUGGGCACAUCGAAGGCUCCAGUUACCCCAGAACAAUCGAUCAGUGGUAUGCUCUCGGUGAUCGAAAACAUGUCUAAAGAAACAAACGGCAAGUUCUUGUCAUUCGAAGGCGAAGAGCUCAAGUGGUAGUAAAGAAAGGGACAUACAUACAUAAAAUAGAUUGUUCAUGUUACUUUUAGUAAGAAUAGAAAAUGAAUAUAUUGAUUCUUGUCUUUCUCAGAUAUGAAAUACAACGGUCCAUGGUCGUAGUAGUAGCAUAAAAAAGAAGAAUAUUCAAAUGAGUGUCGAGUACAUAGAAG